GCCCAUUACUAGCAUUUACAGUUUUGAUUCAUUCUGCUCCACCAAGUAUCAUUUUUGGUGUUGAGUUUCGCAAGUCGCACAAGCUUUGCCUCCACACAUAUCGGCUGCGUUUCUUGUCCCGAACGUUGCCGCUCACCUUUGUCGUCUUUUCAACAUGGGAAAAGUACGCGUUAAGCAAAAUACUGCCGCUAAAGAUGCUGCCUCACGGAACACCGUGUUCAAAUUCAACAAGGAUUUUGGUCAACACAUUUUGAAGAAUCCUCUGGUUGCUCAAGGAAUUGUUGAUAAGUCUGAUUUAAAACAAUCCGAUACCGUUCUUGAAGUUGGUCCCGGUACUGGUAACUUGACUGUUCGUAUCUUGGAAAAGGUUAAAAAGGUUACUGCUGUUGAAAUGGAUCCCCGUAUGGCAGCAGAGUUGACAAAACGUGUACAAGGUACUCCACAAGAAAAGAAGCUGAACAUUUUGUUGGGAGAUGUCAUUAAGACAGAGCUUCCUUACUUUGAUGUCUGUAUUUCGAACACUCCUUACCAAAUUUCCUCACCUCUGGUGUUCAAGCUGCUUAAGCAUCGCCCUGCUCCCCGUCUCGCUGUACUUAUGUUCCAGCGUGAGUUUGCCUUGCGACUUGUCGCCAAGCCCGGUGAUCCGUUAUAUUGCCGUCUUUCUGCCAAUGUUCAAAUGUGGGCACAUGUCAAGCACAUUAUGAAGGUUGGCAAAAACAACUUUCGUCCUCCUCCUCAAGUUGAAUCCAGUGUCGUUCGAAUCGAGCCUAAAAUCCCGCCUCCUCCUAUUGACUUUGACGAAUGGGAUGGAUUGUUGAGAAUUGUAUUUUUGCGUAAAAAUAAAACCAUCAAUGCAUGUUUCAAAACCGGAUCUGUACUCGAAAUGAUGGAAUCGAAUUAUCGCACUUGGUGUUCACAGCACGAACAGAUGAUUGAGGACGGGUUUGAUAUUCGUGGACUCGUUGACAAGGCACUCGACCAAACGACGCUUCGCGAAGUUCGUGCUUCGAAGUGUGGACAAGAAGAGUUCCUUACUUUACUUCACGCAUUUCAUCAGGUGGGUAUUCAUUUUGCUUAAGUGGACCAAACCACGACAAGGAGGAGAGAUAAUACGGGAAUUAUCCUAUGGUUAUUUCUCAGAGCGGCUAUUUCUUGUUUUCUCUUGUUUGGGACUGGUGUUUUUUUGUCUUUUCGUUGUACAUUUUUUGCACUUUUUUGAUUCACAAGCGGCACAAUCUGUCGGUAUUUGGGUUUAGGAUAGAAUGGGUGACGCUUUUAAACGUGUACGUAUAGUAUUUAUAUGUGGUUUAGUUUCGGGUUUGGAUUCGUUAUGUUCGUUUAUGUACGCUUUUGUUAGGCCUUGUUCAAUAAUAAUAGGCUAUAUAAUAUUGUGAA